AUGGGAGGAUACAAUCAUUUUGAUGAUAGCAUAGCAAUGAUUUGCAUUGCCAUGGUGUGGUUAUUUGGAUUCGUCAGUAAUGGUUUAUCUUUGUACAUAACACGUACGAGGUCACACUUCCGUAAUGCGUUUGGGAUUUUAUGCAGCAGUUUUUUGAUAUGCAACUUGCAAUCUAUAUCGGUGCUCUUUACAUGGUGUACCAUUGUCUUAGCUUUAAAAUCUCCAAUAUUGUCGUCAUCAGAGUUAUUUUUGGCUCGACUAGUAGGCGUUCUAGUAAAUGGCCCAUAUUAUGGGACACUUUUGAUACAUUUCUUUGUGGCCCUUAAUCGUUUGUGUGCUGUUUUAUAUCCAAUAAGAUACAAGCAAUUAUGGUCAGAAUCAAGAAGUUUAAUUGUUGGAAUCAUCUCAUGGACAACUGGAACUUCCUUAUGUAUGCUACAUUUAUAUAAAGAUUGUUCGCUUUUAUUUAAUGAAAAUUCAUCUUAUCGCUUUUUCUAUGGAGAUUCCUAUUAUGGCAAAGUUUGUGGCAAUGCCGAUGCUGCAUUAUCAGUAUUUAUAGUAAUGAUAAUGGCAUGCCUUGAUUCCAUUACUUUGAUCAAAUUACUUGCAUAUCGCAGAGCACUACGAAAAAAUGUUACAAUGUCAACUGGUAGUGCUUUCAAUAAAAAAGAAGUAUUAUUCUUCAAACAGUCCUGCUUGGUUAGCUUCAUCUACACAGCAUCCGUUGCCGUAUUAAUAACUCAUCCAUUUCUAUUUACAAAUAAAUGGCUUUUAUUCUUGUCGAGUACAAUUAUAUGGAUACUGAUGCAAUCAACGGAUGGAUUAGUCCUUCUAAUUUUCAAUUUCAAAAUGAUUUGGAAAACAAAUUCCUGGGUACCGACAUCAACAAUAGCACCAGCGACGACCAUUCAUCGGCUUCACACUAUCACGAGACACUGA